CGCCAGUCUCCGGCGUGGUGAAGAGAAACGGGUACGGAGCGCUGGCCGAGGGCUGUGCUGCUUGCCCGGGCACGCCUGGUCGCACCGUCCGCCAAGCAAAUUUCGGCGCUAGACGUAGCGCGACAUUUCGGUCGGUCUCUACCGCCGCCUUCAACACCCCAAGACGAGCUUGCAGCUGUGGAUGAACACGGUCGAGCGCCUUCCGUUAUACCCCUUCACUCCCGCAGUCGCUGCAGUCAGCGUGCAGGGAUUGCUCUGAAACCUCACCCAAAAACGUACGUGUCGACGACGAAGGCGGGGGCUCAACGUCCACCUUCGCUCAUCCGGACGACUCUCCCGAUCCCAACCGUUCGAGCUGCGAUUAACCUAAGGCUUUGAGCAGAAAGAGUCUCUGACAUUGCUCUCCAGCAGGAACCCCGCCCCCGCUGCUCGAUCCCAUGGCUCAAGGCACGAAAGGCCCGGCCACAUCAACGGCUCCCCCGAACGGCGUCUCAGUCUCGCAUGCUCCCGCUCCCGGCGGCGUCAACCGCAAGAAACAAAAGCGACGAGAGAAGGAGGCUGCGAAGAAGGCCGCCGAGGCGCAAAAGCAACACGCAGUGGCCCCGAACAACGGCCUUCCCCCUCCGGCUCAAACUUCCGCGGCGCACCACCCGCCUCAGUCUCGCCAGCCAGCACCGCAAUAUGUAGAUCCCGAGUUCGACGAGCCCGGCUAUGACGACGAGGGAGAGUUCUACUCGGACGAGGAGGGGGAGCAGUAUGAACAGGACUAUGCCGCGAAUGGCCACUACCAGCCUGGUUAUGCCCCGGCUCCGGUGGCGAGUGGUUUGGGAAAGAAGUCCAAGAAGAAAAAGAGCGGCCCCCCUACAGCUCCCCAACCGGCAUAUCACCCGUCUGCCGCUCCGCGCCAGCACCUCCCGCCGCAGACCUCGGUCUUGACGUCGCACAGAGCGAAUUCAAAGAAGGACCGCAUAUGGAACACCACGACCCAGGAGGAGCGGGAGCGCAUACGCGAGUUCUGGUUGUCCCUCAGCGAGGACGAGCGCAAGUCGCUAGUCAAGAUAGAAAAGGAAGCGGUCCUGCGGAAGAUGAAGGAACAGCAGAAGCACUCGUGCAGCUGCUCGGUAUGCGGACGGAAGCGGACGGCAAUCGAGGAGGAGCUAGAAGUGCUAUAUGAUGCAUAUUAUGAGGAACUCGAGCAUGCACCCCAUCCCCGAUCCAUCAUGACCACACACCCCCCGCCCGGUCAUUAUGACGAUACCGACGACCUCUCUCAAGGCGAUGAAGAGGAGGGAGAUCAAGACUUCUCGAAUAGUGAGAUAUCAUCCGAAGAAGACUACAGCGACGAUGAGCGAAGCUUACCACCGCCCGAAACAGCGGAUUUCCUGCAGUUUGGCAGCAGUCUGCAAGUCAAAGGUGGAAUCCUGACGGUCGCCGACGAUCUACUAAAGAACGACGGGAAGAAGUUCAUCGAGAUGAUGGAGCAGCUCGCCGAGCGUAGAAUGCAACGCGAGGAAGAAGCUCAAUACGCAGCCCAUCCCAGCAUGUACAGGUCUCACAAUACCCAUAGCCACGGCGGGCCGCCCGAAGACGAGGAAUACGACGACGAGGAGGACGAUGAAGAAGGGUACGAGGAUGGGGAUUACGAAGAGGAUGAGGAGGAUGAGGAUGACACCAUGACAGAGGAGCAGCGAAUGGAGGAGGGCAGGCGAAUGUUCCAGAUAUUUGCGGCCCGAAUGUUCGAACAGAGGGUUCUCCAAGCGUACCGAGAGAAAGUGGCUGCCGAACGCCAGCAGAGACUCCUCGAGGAGCUAGCAGAGGAGGAUGAUAAGAAGGAGCAGAAGGAGGCCAAAAAGGCGAAGGAGGCCCAAAAGCGCAAGGAGAAGAAAGAGAAGCAGAAGCAGGCUAAGGCAGAAGAGAAGGCGCGCAAGGAAGCUGAACAGGCCGCUAAAGAAGCUGAAGUUAAGGCUGCUGAGGAGAAGCGUCUGGAGGAACAGCGGAAAAAGAAAGAGGAGCAACGGAAGAAAAAGGAGACCGAGCGCAAAGCCCAGGAGGAAGAGAGGCAGCGCAAGGAAGCCGAGCGCCUCAAGCGACAGCAAGAGGAGCGUGAGCGACAGCAAGAAGCCGAGAGGAAGGCCCGCGAGCACAAGCUUCUAGAGAAGAAGGCUAGAGAAGAGGCCAAGCGAAAAGAACGCGAGGAACGUGAAGCAAGGGAAAAGGACGCUCGCGAGAAGAAGGCUCAAGAAGACAAGGAGCGUCGGGAGCGCGAAGCCAAGACCAAGACAGAAAAGGAGCGCAUUCGGAAAGAAGAGCAGGUCACUGCCACUGCCCAGAAUGCCGCUACACCUGUGAGGAAGGCAUCACAACCAGUUGCCGUAGCUCUACCACCCCAGCUGCUUAAACAGUCUUCGUCGACGGGGUUCCCUUCCCCUCACGUAACCCCGGCCGUUCCGAAGGCGCCUACGCCUAGUCGACCUCGCCAGAGCUCGCAGCAGGGUUCACACGGAUCUUCUCCAAAGACCUCACAGGUUGCUCCAGGCACGAGCAAAUCAAUGUCUCCGGCGUCGCAGGGGCAGAACCCAGUUGUGCCCAAGUCAAUUUUGACGAAGCCCCAGACAUCGCAGCAAGCAACGCCUGUACCUAGUGCUCAGCCUACGUCUCCAAUGCCGCCAAUGGGACCUCCGCCAGGAAUGCCAGUGCCUCUGGGGAUGGGUAUGGGCAAUAUGCCACCGGGACUCAACGGAUAUCAUGGUCAGGGCUCGAUGAUGCCUGGUAUGAUGGGGCCUAGCCGCAACAUGCCCAUGUUUCCCCCUCAGCCUGGAGCCCAAAACUUCCGCCCGUUUCCCCCGCCAGGAAUGCAUGCGCCGAAUGCUAUGCCAAUGGGACGCGGAUUUCCUAUGGAAGGGCCGCCUCCUGGUUUUGGACCGAUGCCCGGGUUUGGAGUACCGAAUCAGAUGCCUGGAUUUGGUGGCAUGGGAAUACCGACUCACUCACGACAAGCCUCUGGAUCAUUCGAAAAGCCAAAUGCGGACAGUCCGAUUGCGGCACCCCCAGCCCAGCCUAUUCAGCGACCCGCACCCAUCCAGCGCCCUUCCAGUGUUAAACCUGGCGAAGAAAACAAGGCCCAAGGUGCGGAUGUCGAUGAGCUUGCGAAGCACCUCGGCAGUAAGGCUCUACUAGACGACGAGGAAGACAUGCCCGGAUUUCCGGAGGCCGCGCGCCGAACGAGUUUGCAGCAGCACGGCUCUCUGAGAGGCGCUCCCCUGGGUUUUGGCUUUCCGGACGCCCCAGGUCAACCUAGGCCAGAUUUGCAAGGGCCUUUCGGAGGUUCAAGCAACGCGAGCGUCUGGGGAACACCGCCAAUGCCGUUCCCUAUUCCAGGUGGAUCGGGGUGGGGUAACUCGCCGACUUCCAGCAUAUUCAGCAACCCCUUCUCCAUGAUGGGCGCACAGCGAGCAAACGAGCAACGCGGGUCGAGUGAACAGCGGCUGGUGUGGCUUCGUCGAAUAGUGUGCUCGACUUGCAAGAUGCUGGCGAUGCGGCAGCCAGGUACGGACGGCUACGUGGAUGCCGGAGAUGUCCACGCUCAUAUCGAGUCGGCCCGCGCUCCGUCUGAGCCUUCAGUGUCGCCUCAAGAGAUCAAGGAGGCUUGCGACAUCAUCGGCGACGGCCAGAACGGUGGAGGAUCUCUCGAGUACAAAGAGGCGUCUCCUGGGCGGCUUUCCCACAUCAAGUUCGUCGACGCUGGUGGUCCACCGCCCACACUGGGCGAGAUCGGUAGUCCCGUUCCGGGCCACAGUGUGCCUGUAGGCGGAUUCGGUGGUGCUAGGCCGUUCCCCGGUCUGGGUCCCCAAGGCUUCUAGGGGCCCGAGUUGCUCAGGUGUCUGCGUUAUGCAUCACGUGUUCCAAUAUCCCUCAGUGUUCCCAAUGCUUUCCUUUGGCAUGGCUUACGUAGGUGCAUUACCUGGAGUUAGAUAGCUCUAGGUAGUUUAUCUGUACCAUCUUCUCAACGGGAGUCACCUCCCAAAAGAGGUCACUUCUCCAGUGCAACUGUCAAUUUUGCUGUGAUUAAUUGUUGAAUUGUGGAUAAGCGUAUUA